UGAAGGCACCUAUUCAGGACAAUGAAACUUUUCAGUUAUAUUUUAGUUUAUCGUCGGUUUCUCCUUGUAGUUUUCACUUUUUUAAUUUUACUGCCAUUGCCAAUCAUCCUCCGCACCAAGGAAGCAGAAUGUGCCUACACACUCUUUGUCGUGGCCACAUUUUGGCUUACAGAAGCUUUACCUCUGUCAGUAACAGCUUUGCUACCUGGCUUAAUGUUCCCAUUGCUUGGGAUCAUGCCUUCUAAGGAGGUGGCAUCUGUUUAUUUCAAAGAUUUUCACCUACUGCUAAUUGGAGUCAUCUGUUUAGCAACAUCAAUAGAAAAAUGGAAUUUGCACAAAAGGAUUGCUCUGAGAAUGGUGAUGAUGGUGGGGAUGAACCCAGCAUGGCUGACACUGGGUUUCAUGAUCAGUACCGCCUUCUUAUCUAUGUGGCUUAGCAACACCUCAACUGCUGCCAUGGUGAUGCCCAUCGCGGAGGCUGUGGCACAGCAGAUCAUCAGUGCGGAAGCAGAGGUCGAGGCCACUCAGAUGACUUAUUUCAGGGGAUCAACCAACCAUGGACUGGAAAUUGAUGUCAUCACAGAAAGUGUUAAUGGACAGGAAACAAAUGAGAGGAAAGAGAAACCAGUUCCGGGAUACAGUAAUGGUGCAGGGAAAAUUUCAAGCAAGAUGGAGCUGGAAAAGAACUCAGGCGCAGGAGCCAAGUAUCGAACAAAGAAGGAUCACAUGAUGUGUAAACUUGUGUGCUUGAGCGUUGCUUACUCUUCUACCAUUGGUGGGCUGACAACGAUCACUGGGACUUCCACCAAUCUUAUCUUUGCUGAGCAUUUCAAUAUACGCUACCCUAAUUGCCAUUGCAUCAACUUUGGAUCAUGGUUUUUGAUGUCCUUCCCGGCCGCUGUCAUUAUCCUACUCUUGUCCUGGAUCUGGUUGCAGUGGCUUUUCCUCGGGUUCAAUUUUAAGGAAAUGUUCAAAUGUGGCAAGACCAAAACAGUCGAACAGAGAGUGUGUGCUGAGGUGAUUAAACAAGAAUACCAAAAACUUGGGCCAAUAAGGUACCAGGAAGUUGUGACCUUGGUCCUCUUCAUCGUAAUGGCCCUGCUGUGGUUCAGCCGAGAUCCUGGGUUUGUUUCUGGUUGGUCUGUGCUUUUCUCAGAGUAUCCUGGUUUUGCUACAGAUUCAACUGUUGCCUUACUUGUAGGACUCCUAUUCUUUCUUAUCCCAGCUAAGAGAUUGACUAAAACAACACCUACAGGAGAAAUUGUUGCCUUUGAUUACUCUCCACUGAUCACUUGGAAAGAGUUCCAGUCAUUCAUGCCCUGGGAUAUAGCCAUUCUUGUCGGUGGAGGGUUUGCCCUGGCAGAUGGCUGUGAGGAGUCAGGACUAUCUAAGUGGAUAGCAAAUAAAUUAUCUCCUCUAGGUUCAUUACCAGUAUGGGUAAUAAUUUUGAUAUCUUCUCUGCUCGUUACUUCUUUAACAGAGGUAGCCAGCAAUCCAGCGACCAUUACUCUUCUUCUCCCAAUAUUAGCUCCAUUGGCUGAAGCCAUUCAUGUGAACCCUCUUUAUAUUUUGAUACCUUCUACAUUGUGUACUUCAUUUGCAUUCCUCCUGCCAGUAGCAAAUCCACCCAAUGCUAUUGUUUUUUCAUAUGGCCAUCUAAAAGUUUUUGACAUGGUUAAAGCUGGACUUGGCGUUAAUAUUGUGGGUGUUGCAGUGGUGAUGCUUGGCAUGUCCACCUGGAUUGUGACCAUGUUUGACCUCCAUACUUACCCUUCAUGGGCUCCUCUGAUUAGUAAUGAGACCAUGCCAUCACAAGCACCAGUGUUCUGACUACUCUCUGGUAAAUACACAGAAGUGGAGUUACUGGGUUGAAUGAUAUGAAUCUAAACAUUGAUGGGUUAACAACAUAGAAGAAUUCUUAUGGCUCCAAUAAGCCCUUACCGGAUUCCUCAGAAGCUGGAGAAUUCCCUUCGUAGCAAUCUGAGCCCAAGGGGCUCCCAUGUGCUGCUGGACAUGAACGUUCAUGACAUGCUUGGACUUCACAAUAGAAUUGGAGAUUCUGCAUUAGGAAGAAAAAGGUCAGCCUUUUUUAAAAGAACCAAGCAGAAGUAGCUUGAGAAGGACCAGAGGAAGGAUGCCUUUACACCUCAACCUUCCAUAUUCACCUUCUGGCAAAGAUAAGCUGCAGGGGAAAUACUCAUUUCUCAUUCCAGUGGGACUCCAAGGGAAGAUCUUUCUCCAAGACAAUGGAUAUAUGUGAAAGACUUUGGGCACUGAUGUGGUGCAAGGGAUCAGGUUUAAUCUACCAAAUAGUGUAAGGUCUUGGAACCACAGGAACAUCCAAAAUGUGAAGCAAAUGCUUCAAACCAGAUCAACAAAGAAAGCUUCUUAUUGAACUUAAGCAGAGGUACUUCAAAAUGGUUGUAGACUUUGACAUCUACAAGUUCUUCACAAGAUCAACGUCUGUCUGGUUCUGCUUUGUUACUGAUUUAGAGAAAACUUUAUUUUUCUCUGGGCAUCAAAGUUUGUUUUUGUCAUACACAAAAGUCUCUCAUAUCUCAUUCCCUCCAGACCCACCUCCUAGCCUUUCUCCAUCCUUCCGAGAUGCUCAAAGUAUUUCAUCACCAAGAAAGUCUCACUUGAACAGAGUUUAACUCAAGAACUUUACUUAGAGCUUUAGAGAUAUUAGGCAAUUUAGUAAUUAUCUGUGAAAUUAACCUUCAACAUUCAAAUAAAGCUAUUAAAUUGUGUCUUCAUUCCUAAGAGUGUAGGACAACUCAAUUAGGUCAUGUCUGGUGAUUACAGUUGUACCACCUUUAUUUUUUCUUUGUGUUAUUCUGAACUCUAUGUCUCUACCCACACCACUGCCACUAUCACCACCACAAACUCCUUUUUCUUUAGUUUAAUCAUGUUAAAAUGACUUAUAAGACAAAUAAUACCAAAAAAUCUCAAGGAAAAAAUGUGUUACUAAGGAUAUAUUUAACAUUUCCACAAAUCUUUAAUUUCGUUUUCAAAAUCUUUCAAGGAGCUCAGCUCAUGAUGGACAGCCACUGGAUACAUACAAAUAGGAACAAAGGUUUCUCUAAGUCCAAAGAUGUUUUCAAAAAUAACACUCCUUAGGCUCACUGCCUUAAGUCAGAAGCAAUUAACAUCAGGGCAGGGGGCUCCCCCUGGUUUGUGGCUGUCUUAGCUGUGGUCCCUGAUUUUUGCUUUCAGAAAUCCCAAUGGGUCUGGACUGAAUUAUUCAAAGUAUGCAAGAAUGAGGGUGUCACAAAUUAGCUUUCUCUCUCUUUCGCCUUCUCUCCAACAAUCAGUAGGAUAUGUGGGAUAUAAAUACUCUUCCCUACUCCUGUCAGCAGUCUCUGAAAGAAAACAACAAAACAAAACCGAACAAAUUAUCAACACCAUUGAGUUAUACCUGAGUUUGAAAAUGUUUUCCUCUAUAAUCCUGCCAUCUGUGUUUGCUAAAAGGUACCCAGAGGACUUAGAACAGGGACAGAGGGUCCUUAUCUCAAUGAUUACAUUUCAAAGGGAUGACUCCCAAGUCCUGGAGAAAGACUUCCCUGGGUUGUAAACUGAUAGGAGACUUCUAAAAUUUUUAUCUCUCAAAGGGGCAGAGAAAGCAUUUACAUGUUUUUUAAAGCAAGUGCUCUGAGGAAAGGGGAGUCAGGAGGAAGCCUUUCUGAGGUCAGAAAGCCUGAGGGAAAUGUUAAAGUCGUCUUGGGCAUGGGUUCAUUUGUUCUACAAAACAAAAUCAGAUUGAAAAUGAACCUAUUUUAACACCAUCCAAUGUUUAGCCACAGAAUGACCUCCCUGGGAGAAGUUUUUCCUCUAAGUCACAUCUCCACCCAAGAAUGUGUUGAAAACUCCAUGAUAUCAGUAUGGUUUUCCACAGUCUUAAUAUUGUGAUUAAAGCACAAAAUUCAUCUUAAAAUGGAAUCAAGUUACCAUGUGGUUCAAAUGACCCAAGGAAAGCAUAGUUAGUUUC